GACAGGCAACUUCCUGUUCAGAAGUUCUUUGCUGAAAGUAUUAGGAAACUACCGUUUUUCUUCAGUGUAAAAUGAUAGUCCAGUGACAGAAAUAGUGACUGUUUCGAUGAAAACAUUUUUUUCAUGUUAAUGUUUUUUCAAGGUUUUUAAAAACUUCGUUAGCAUGCGCUUGGCUAGAAAGUUUGUUAUUUGCGCCAGCUGCGCGUUCGAAGUUAGUUUCAUUGAUGCCGGCUUCGUUUUAAUAUCGCGAGUGUGUCGUACGAAGAGGAGAACGGCGAAUUUACUGAAGGUCGUCUUGCUGCGUUUCUAAAAUCCUGUUAAUACAUUCCGAAGACAACAAGUCCCUCAUUGUUUCACAUGAAAGACUUCAAGUAACAUAUCGUAUUUCACUAAGCAUCAAUGCAGUAUCUGACUCGUCUCCAGUCGUCUUUUGAGAGGUCUGAGUAAGCGACAUCCGAGGAAGUCUGGAUGAAACACCUCAGGGCAAGGAGUGAAAAUCAUGGGUAGGAAGGAAGAGACUAUUUCCUUCCCCCCACCCCUCGGGCUCGCGCUUGCAACUCCCUCAUUUGUAUUCAAUGACUCUUUGAGAGGACUGGGGACGAGUCAGGAGCGGGAUAGCUUGCGCGAGCUUAUCUUCCCUCGCGCUAUUUUCUGAUUAGCUGAUUAGCCCUGACUAAAACAUCAUUUAGUACUACGAACUAGGGAACAAAAUAUUUGGAACUUCACUUAUUUUGACAAAUCAAGGAGCAACCCUUACUUUAAAAUCAACUAAGCAACUCUAAUGAUCUAAUUAAUGAUGACGCUCUCUCUUACCUUAAUUACGAACUUUACGUCAUAAUAGAGAACAGCGCGCGUUAUAAACUUAGUUUCAGAAAAGCUUGGUUUUUACGAUGUAGUCUCUAUGUCGGGAUAGUUUUAUGCGGCCUAAAAGACGAUUGCCUCAGAAAGCUCGUUUAAAAAGACAAGCCAUGGAGGAUAGUUUUGUCUUUUCGGACGAGAAAUACUCAAAAGAUGUCUUAAAGAGAUUAAGCGGGCUCCAAAAACAAGGCAUCAUGUGUGAUGUAACGAUUAAGAUUGACGACCAGGAGUUUCACGCCCACAGGAAUAUACUUUCUGCCAGCUCGGACUACUUUUUCGCAAUGUUCAACGGAAACAUGAAAGAGCGAAACCAGCGCGAGAUUACAAUCACUGGCGUCGACAAAGACAGCAUGAAAGUGAUCAUGGGUUUUAUUUACACGGGCGAGAUCAUAUUGGACUGGAAUAACGUCGAACCGAUUCUACAAGGUGCCAAUCUGAUGCUCGUGCAGUCUGUAAAAGACGCGUGCUCCCGUUUUCUUGAAAGCCGACUAAACGUCAAGAACUGCCUCGGCAUUCAGAGCCUCGCGGAGACUUACGCGUGUCAAAAAUUGUGGACGGUAACGAACAAUUUCAUCUUUCAAAAUUUUCCCCACGUUGCCGAGAAUGAAGAAUUCCUGAAUUUGGACGAGAAACAAAUCCAGGUUUUGUUACAAAGUGAUGAAAUUUCAGUGGAAAACGAGGAAAAGGUCUACGAAGCGCUGGUUGGUUGGAUCAACUACGAUCGCGAAAACAGACGGGAGUUCUUUCCCGUUUUAAUGGAGGAUGUUCGUCUUCCACUUGUUUCGCCGUAUUACCUAGUUGAUGUAGUUGAAAAUGAGGAACUCUUUAACUCCUCGCCAAGGUGUAAGGAACUCCUGCAAGAGGCGCAACAUUAUCACUUGUUACCAGAUCGACGUCAGCUAUUGGACAGCACGAGAACGAGGCCGCGAAAUUAUGAACGUUUUCACGAGAUUCUCGUCGCAAUGGGCGGCAAUGGAGACUACCAUAAUCAAAGCACUGUCUAUGGCUUCAAUGUAGUAACUCAGCUGUGGUCAGACUUGCCACGGUUUACAAAGGAUCGUGGGUAUCAUGGGAUCGCAAGCUUUGGCGGGCAACUUUACGUCACAGGAGGGUACUGCAAUAUCAAUUCUGAGACACUCGACAUAGCCCAGCGUUAUGAUGUGCGGCAGAAGGAAUGGCAUAACAUGCCCAACAUGCUGACACGGAGAAGCAAACAUGGAUCUGUUGAGGUAGACGGUCAUGUCUACAUAGUCGGCGGCUAUGACGGACAGAGCACGCUGAAUUCCCUGGAAUGCUACGGCUUUCAGUCCGCCAGAUGGCGUACGAAAGCUCCAAUGCCAACCAGAAGAAGGUGCAUCUGUGCAGUGGCUCAUGGGAAGUCCAUUUACGUCAUUGGUGGCCAUGAUGGAUCAAGUAUUUUGAACACCGUGGAGUGCUAUGAUACUGCAAGGGACACUUGGAAUUCAACUGAGGUCCAACCCAUGCGCGACAGACGGUCGUUCCCAAGUGCAGUUGUUACAGACGACGAAAUGUACGUCCUGGGUGGCUACGAUGGAAACGACACGCUCAGAUCUGUGGAGUGUUACAGCUUUACCACACUCGAGUGGACCCAGGUCCCUCCCAUGGGCACGCCCAGGUCCAACGCUGGCGCAUGCGUAUUCAAUAGCAAAAUCUACCUCGUCGGGGGAUGGGACGGGAUCAGUUUGAAUUCUGUGGAGUGCUUUGACGUGGGUACUCGCGUAUGGCAGCGCAUGCCUUCCCUUCCACGUCCGACAACUGGUGUACGGUGCUGUUUUUUAUCCUUCCAGUCUACGAACGAACAAAAGCCCAAGAGCAGGGGCAGUCGCGGCCAUAUGUGCAUUAUAUGCUGAUGGGUGUGGCACUGUAUCUUACUCUCAAAGUUAUCAUGAACUAAACCGUUCUUUUAAGCUGUGGUAUUUAUUACACGCGUUCGUUCGUAGACUGAAGAAUUGUCUGUCUUUUCUCGUAAACAAAGUUAAGUUAGCGUUUUGUCCUCGUUAAGCUGGCAACAACAGACACAAUCGAAUUGUUAUCGCUACAAGGAAACCUGGGCAGCUCUUGCAUUUUUAACACUGUGUUUAUUGUGAUUGUGGCGAACAAUAAGGUACAGACAGAAAUCUGGUCAAACUUCAACUAAUAAAAGGAAUACUCACUUACUUUUUAAUUUUAUCGAGAUAUUUUGCUAUAAACUCCCCUUUUUUUUUCUUAUAACACUAGGUGCACCCUAACUCUUUGUACUCUGGGCGGCAAGGACCUCAGGGUGUAGUCUCCCUACAUAGAUCUUUGUAGAGUCUUCCCCCCUCAACCCAAUCCUCUCCCUUAUGAAUACGAUAGUAAAGCUAGAAGCGCAAACAAGAUAGAAAAGACGAGUUUCCUUGCCUAGCCAACCAAAAACGUUUCUCGGCGUCACUAGCAAUUCCAAUUGAAAAGGUUACGAAAGUUUCUUCGGAGUUUCGUCGUGAGUUAACUCGAAAAUUUACAAUUUAGUUUAGUCUAGUCCAGUUCGAGAAAAUCAUUCAUGUUGGAACCAUCCGGGAAAUCACGACACUGUGACUGUGGACGGCCCUCGCCAACGGUUUUAUUUAAUAACAAUGAAGCGUCCUCUGUGUUCACUGUGCUGGCGCUGUUGGCCUGGGCGCCACCUUGAGAAUUACUAGCCUUAUUUUCACUCGUGAAGGUUUCAACUUGUUCUCUCGCCCUGCUGCUAUCAUUUUCAGUUGUCUGGGGUUUAUCUUCAGAGCUCGAAGCGCAAUCGAUUUUGUGUUCAUUGCUAGCUGCCAGUCCUUCAGUUCCAUUAUUAGAGAGUUCCUUUUCCGAGGUCUCCUCUUUGCAAUCUGUUGAUGCAGGCGCCUUGUUUGGAUUACAUGAAGCUAUACGUGCCUUGGAUUCUUUUGGACGAGACUGGCUCGUUCCUGAAA